GAUGAAAAUUGCGGAGUAAACAAAAUGCGAAUUGGAUCAGUUUAGAGAGAAAGACAAAUCAUGCACGUGGGCUGCACGAUAAUUAGAAGAGGUAUAAGGGCCUGACUAGAGGCUUGGUUUCAUAGACGAGUUUUAUCAUGCACGACAGGAUAGUUACCUUCCAAACCUAAUCCUCAUUCUGCCGAAAUACCAGAUUGCUUCGCUCCAACUUAGUUACUCUCACAAAUCACAAUGAGUCGUUGGUUCAGUUUCGGUACAACGAAGGAGGCUGAGCCCCAGACUGCCCGGGCAUUACCUGCGUCGUGGUACCGCUCCUCAGCCAUGUAUGAACUGGAAAGACGAGCAAUCUUUUCCAAGAAAUGGAUAGUCGUAUCACACAAGGCGAGGUUCACUGAAAUAGGUGAUUUCUUGCGUAUAACCCAGGCUGGCUUUACCUUUUUCUUGAUCAAAGACCGACAAGGCGAGAUCAGGGCUCAUCACAAUGUUUGUCGGCAUCGGGCGUUUCCGCUGGUAGAGCAAGAUGCAGGAAGAGUGAAUAUUCUAUCUUGCAAGUAUCAUGGCUGGUCCUAUGGACUUGAUGGCAAAUUGGCCAAGGCUCCAAAAUACCAAGAGGUUCCAACAUUCGACAAGUCGACCAAUAACCUGUACCCAAUACACGUGCAUAUCGACAAACUCGGUUUCAUCUGGAUCAACAUGGACUCCAGCCCUACUCCCACUGUCGCUUGGGAGGACGACUUUGCUGCUGUUGACACUCAACCGCGCCUUCAGCCAUUCGACAUGGAAGCUUAUCACUUUGAUCAUCAGUGGGAAAUGAUUGGCGACUAUAACUGGAAGACUUUGGCAGAUAAUUACAACGAAUGCUACCACUGUCCUACUGGACACCCUGCCCUCAAUGCCCUCACCGAUCUGUCAAAAUACUGGGUUGAGACUGCAGGUGGUCAUAUACAGCACUUCAAUGUCGAUAAGCCAGACAAAGACGGCAUGGGUAUCUACAGUACUUUCUACUAUCCCAAUGCCUCCAUUACGAUCUCGCCUACCUUCUUCUACAUUAUGCGCUGCAUCCCCAUCUCCGCAUCGCAGACCAAGAUGGAGUACGAGGUCUACAGAGGCAACAAUGCCUCAGACGAGGAGUUUAACGAGAUCAGCGACUGCUUCAAGCAGAUUCUCAAGGAAGACAAGGAUCUCUGCAAUGCGGCGCAGAAGAACUUGAACGCUGGCAUAUUUGUCAAUGGUGAACUGCACCCUCGAGUAGAAAAGGGCCCUCUCUUCUUCCAGGAAACUACGCGGAAACUGGUCAUGGAACAUCAUCAGCAGGAAGAGUCUGAGGGGCAUGAGAUCUGGUCAGCUGCACCGAAGAAUGGGCAGUCCGGGAAUGGGCAGGACGACAUUGAUUUCUGCAAUAAACUGGAAGCAUGUGCUGGGUCUGAUAGCCUCAAGUGGUGAUAAUUUUGACCUAGUUACCAAUAUUUGUAGCACGCAAGUAAUACAUGUACAGAAAAUGUGAUAGCCAGUCUCACUACUUUAAAGCAUUGUAUUUCCCCAAUCAAGGCUCAACCACUCGUCAAUGGCCCU